AUGAUUUUACGUAUAGACAAUUCCUCAAUAUCUUGUUCAUUCACAACAAAAGAUUUUCUUUGUGUGUCGGUAAAAAAAAACAUGCUUUUUUGGAGAGAGAUACUAUUUCACCAAUCGAGUCACAGGUAUCUAACAUAUUCAUACCUAACGAUUUUCCAAUUCGAUCCGAUCUAUUCGUUCGUAGAACUAUUUACUUACUCGAUCGCAGACAUUUCUGGAACACCUCUAACAGAGGGACAAAUAGUCCAUUUUGAAAGAACUUCUUGUCAACCUCUUUCCGAUAUGAAUCUAUCUGAUUCAGAAAGGAAGAACUUGCAUCAGUAUCUCAAUUUCAAUUCAAACAUGGGUUUUGUUUACACUCCACGGCCUGAGAAAGAUUUACUAUCGGAAAAGAGGAAAAAACGGAGUCUUUGUCUAAAGAAAUGCGUUGAGAAAGGGCAGAUGUAUAGAACCUUUCAACGAGAUAGUGCUUUUUCAACUCUCUCAAAAUGGAAUCUAUUCCAAACAUAUAUGCCGUGGUUCCUUACUUCGACAGGGUACAAAUAUCUAAAUUUUCGAUUUUUAGAGACUUUUUCAGACCUAUUGCCGAUACUAAGUAGCAGUCAAAAAUUUUGA